AUGGCUGCUACGCACUACCAUUGCCCCUCAACCUUGGUAUUGCGUUCAAACCCUUCGAUCCAUUUGGUUCACAAUUCGAAGCUAACAAACCCCAACAAUUCAUGGCUAGGAACCAAAAUUAGGGUUCAACCGUGCAUUCUUAUUGUAAGACCUCCGGUGUCCGUUUUACACCGCCGCCCCGUCGCCGCCACUGCUCCCUUCAGCCUCCCCACCUCAAAUCCAGAGCUCGUUUCUCCUGGCCAGGAAAUUCCCAAAUGGUCUUCUAAGGCUGUAAAGUCGUUUGCAAUGGCUGCAGUGGAGGCGAGGAAAUUCAAGCUUACUACUACUGGUACUGAAGCCCUUAUCAUGGGGGUUCUUGUUGAGGGUACUAAUCUGGCUAACAAGUUUUUGCGAGCCAACGGAAUUACACUUUUCAUGGUGCGAGAUGAAAUUGUGAACAUGUUUGGAAAACCUAAUAUGUUUUCAAAAAUCCCCGAGUGUCCUCCAAUGACCGAUGAUGCUCAGAAGGCCCUUGAUUGGGCUGUUGAAAAAAAAUUAAAAUCAGGCGAUGGCGGGGAAAUAACCACAGCACACAUAAUUCUUGGCAUUUGGUCUGAAGUGGAUUCCCCGGGUCACAAGAUACUAUCCAACCUCGGCAUUAAUGAUGAAAAAGCUAAAGAGCUAGAGUCCUCUAUUUCUAAAGCUGUUGCUAAUGAUGAAUAA